AAAUGGUCAUUUAAACUCCUUGUAACAAAAUGCUGCUUUUUUUGUCUUUCAAUUAUAAUUUUGUUCCUUUUGGUGAGUAAAGUGUGUCUAAUGUUUAGUGUUGUUGUUGUUGUUUUUACACGGACACACGACUUUUCCUCACGUUUAAAAACUUUUUUCGUUUGUGAUUUGUGAAUCGACUCUCCAAGAUUCGGUCCAUAAGAACCGACUCGCUACCGAGUCUCGCCUGUACCAGUCUCCUGAGCUGCGACUCCGCCGAAGCUGCGUUUCCGCUCCACACCGAGGUUGAGGAAGAACAAUGUUUCCUCUUCCUCUCCUGCUCACUGUCUCUCUGAUGGUUCCGUUCUCAUUUGAGUUAAAUAAGGAACUCCACAGUGACGGUAACCUGCCUCAGCUUGUGAACAGGAAGACGUUGCGACUCCAGAGUCCCAAAUUCAGCGAUGUAGGUUCUUUAGAACCGAAUGCAGUCUGUGGAAUUGAGUGCCAGAGGAACCUUCCAGACCCUGGAACCAUUGACCUGGAGCGUGUCCUCGCCUAUGAGACGCUUUAUCAGAAUGGAACUCGGACUCUGACAGAGGUGGAGCUGCAGGAUGUGAGGAACAUCUCGUCCUCUUCUCUCGCCGCUCUCUCACGCAGGAAACGUCAGAUUUACGGCACGGACGGCCGCUUCAUGAUCUCAGACAAGCACUUUGUAACAAACUUCCCGUUCUCGGCAUCGGUGAAGCUUUCGAUUGGAUGCUCUGGGAUUUUAGUGUCACCCAAACACGUGCUGACGGCGGCACACUGCAUCCACGACGGUCAGAGAUACCGAAGGGGGUUAAAAAGGCUGCGUGUGGGUGCGCUGACGCUGCGGCAGAGAACAGCGAGGAGGAGAAACACAACGAAGGGAGAAAACAAGAGGAAUCAGAAUAAGAGAAAAGAAAAGAGGAGGAAAAAUCGGCGUAAAAGAAAAUCCUGCAAAAACUGUGAGCAGCCGGCGCUCCGGUGGACACGUGUCAAGCAAACGUACGUUCCACAAGGCUGGAUGAGUGACGUGGGAAACGACAUGACCCUGGAUUAUGACUACGCUCUUCUGGAGCUGAAGCGCAGACUCCCGAUGAAACACAUGGAUUUGGGCGUGGUCCCGCAUGUCACACGGAUCCACUUCUCCAGUUUUGAUGAUGACCACGAAGGGCAGAUGGUGUACAGGUUCUGCACGGUGACGGAGGAGUCUGGCGAUCUGAUGUACCAGCGCUGUGACACUCAGAGAGGCUCGAGCGGUGCUGGAGUGUACGUGAGACUCUGGAAGACAGCUGCAAAUGAUGAAGGGAAGUGGAAGAGAAAAGUAAUUGGCGUGUUCUCGGGACACAGGAGCGUGAAGGAUGGGAACGGCUCUCACACAGACUACAACGUAGCUGUGAGAAUCACACCAGUGAAGCUCGCUCAGAUUUGCCUGUGGAUCCACGGAGACGCCGAGAAGUGCGCUUCAGACUGAGACGACUGUUGGAACGUCUGAAAUUUCAUCCAGGUGAAAAACAGACUCUAUUACAGAUGUGGUCAUCAGCCACAUGUCUGAAUUUGGUUUAGUUUGGUUUAAGAACCAUGAGUUCUGCUAUCCCACAAUCCUUUUCUUCAAAUUCAUGGCCUCAGCUUUCGCUCAAAACAUUAUGUACCACGUUUGAGUUUAUAUUUAAAGCAGAAUUACAUCCUCUGCUUUACUUCCUACUUCAGUUCUGAUUUAUUUUAACAUUACAGCUUUAUACAGAUCAACUGCCUUCGGGAUAAAAAAAAACGUCUGCUUUUUUUUUUAAAUCAGAACUUCCUGUCCAAAAGGAAGUUAACAUUUUUGUGCUAAUCUCAAACCGAUCACUCGUUUAAUGCAUUUAGGAAUUAAAUAUCGGCAUAAUCAA